GUAGUUUUACACCAUAUGAUUAUGAUUUCUCUUAAAGUUUUGAGAGCGUGGUUUUCAAAUCGAAUUCCCUUAAUUUUGGCAUCAACAUUUUACCAACUUGAUUCUCCCCUCGCGACAAUCUUUGGCCAUCUUGGUAGUCCCACUACACGUCGCACAAGAGACCUGAUAUAUUAACUAAACAUCUAUCACACACCACGCUCACUCAUUCUCAAGUCAUAAUCAGACAAAUUAUAAUGGAUCCGUAUAUCAAUGAUAGAUGUCCCGUCUACGCCUCUUUUUUCGGAGCCAUGGGUUGCUGUUGUGCAAUCGUGCUCUCCAACAUCGGCGCCGCAUAUGGCAUGGCCAAAAGUAGCAUCGGAAUCUCCGCAGUUAGUGUCAUGCAACCACAGAACAUGAUUCGCAACCUCCUCCCCAUAAUCCUCUCCUCCGUCCUCUCCAUCUUCGGCCUGAUAACCAGCAUCCUCAUCGCCUCUGCGCUCGUCGCUCCCUCGGCCCUCCACACGAAUUUCCUGCAUCUCGCCGCGGGUCUCUCGGUCGGACUCAGCUGUCUCGCGUCCGGCUUUAGCAUUGGCGUGAUUGGUGACGCGGGGGUGAGGGGCGCGGCUAUGCAGCCGAAGAUGUUUGUGGGGAUGGCGCUGGUGUUGAUUUUUGCGGAGGUGUUGGGUCUCUACGGUUUAAUCGUCGCCCUACUAAUGAUCACCCAAGCAACAACCGGUGCUACCCAUUGUGGCCCAUGAUAUCACGGAAUGUAAUUGGGAGGGCCAGUAUCAGGUUUCAGAAGAUGUAGCGAUAGAUAGAUGAGUAGGGUAGAGUAGAUGGAUGGAAUGGAUGGGAUGUGAUUGAUCAGCCAAGCAAUCGCAUUACGAAUCACAAACCAGAGAUAGUAAUCAACCACUAUGUCGAACGACAUGUAGGACAAUCAAUCUAUGGAGAGGAUAAGGGAUUUACUUGUUUACUUUACUAAUUACCAUUUGACUUUAAAGUUUACCUACCUUACUACUUGAUCACUCGUAUCCAGCUAUCCAUAUAAUACAUAUACA